AAUUCUAAAACCCAAACAAAGCCCUUGACUCUACUCCCCAGUGGCAGUGUCUUUGAUGGCGUUAUCAUUUCUUGGUGUUCCGCACUUUGUGUCACCUGCAACUACAUCAUCCACUGUAAAGUUGCAACACUUUCGCAAACCUUGUACUUGUAGUUCUACACCCUUCUUCCGUCUCCUUUCAUAUCCCUUUCUUCACGUUCGGGCUCCGCGGGCCAUUGGGCCCGAUGGGAAGUUCUACCCAAGCCCAGCCGACGACGACCCACCGGAAGCUGACGAGGAUUCCUCCCACGGCUUCUCCACCUUCCAGCAAAUCCAGCGCCAAGCAGAACGCGCGCGCCAAAUCGAAGAAGACGACUACAAGAAGAACCAAUCCACGUACCUCGCCGCCAUCGCCGACGUCGAAGACGCCCCCGACAACGCCCCCUUCGACUCCUCUGAGGAUGACCUCUUUGGCGAAAUCGACAAAGCCUUAGCUCUCAAGCGCAAAGAAUUCGUCUCCCAAGGCCUUCUCCAACCCAAUCCCCCCAAACAGGAUCCACUCCCCGUCGCCGCUGUCGACGAGCUCCAACCAGACGAGCUCGGCGAUUUGGCUGAAAUCGAACGCCUCCAGGGACUCACCGCUGACGGUAACGGUAACAUAAGCAACUCAACCGAAUCUCCGUUUGAAUUCGAUUUUGACAGUUAUGGUAAAACUAAGGUUAGGAUUGUAGAAGGGAAGUUUAAGAUGAGUUUGGCUGAGCUUCUAGACGAGAGUAAGGUCGUCCCGGUGUCGGUUUCCGGUGAUUUGGAAAUCGAAAUUACCGGAAUUCAGCACGAUUCGAGGAUUGUUAGUUCCGGUGACUUAUUUGUGUGUUGUGUGGGGAGUAAAACCGAUGGGCAUUUGUUUUUGUCCGAGGCUGAUAAGAGAGGCGCGGUUGCGGUUGUGGCUAGUAAAGAGAUUGAUAUUGAGGAUACUUUGGGGUGUAAGGCUUUGGUUAUUGUGGAAGAUACUAAUGCUGUUCUUCCUGCGUUGGCUGCCUCGUUUUAUAAACAGCCUUCUACGAAAAUGGCUGUGAUUGGGAUAACCGGGACUUAUGGCAAAACGACCACCACCUGUUUGAUUAAAAGUUUGUAUGAGUCGAUGGGGCUGCGAACCGGGAUGUUAAACUCGGUUGCUUCUUAUGUCCAUGGGGACAAUAAGUUGGAGUUGGGUAAUACAGUGCCGGAUGCUGUUUUGGUUCAGAAUUUGAUGGCCAAGAUGAUUCACAAUGGAACUGAGGUGGUGGUCAUGGAGGCGGGUGCUCAUGGGUUGGGGGAUGGGAAGUAUGAUGAGGUUGACUUUGAUAUUGCGGUCUUCACUAAUUUGAGUCAGGAGGAGGAGGGAGAUAUAGAUGCGCAGGCUAAGUUGUUCUCGAGAAUGGUGGAUCCGGAGAGGCAUAGGAAGGUUGUUAACAUUGAUGAUCCGAAUGCACCCUUUUUUGUGUCGCAGGGGAACCGGGAAGUUCCUGUUGUGACAUUUGCGAUGGAGAAUAAGGAGGCAGAUGUUCAUCCCUUGAAGUUUGAGCUUUCUUUGUUUGAGACGCAGGUGUUGGUUAAUACUCCCACGGGGAUACUGGAGAUUUCGUCCGGUUUGCUUGGGAAGCAUAAUAUUUACAACAUCCUUGCUGCUGUGGCAGUUGGGAUUGCUGUUGGGGCACCCUUGGAGGACAUUGUUAGAGGGAUUGAAGAGGUUGAUGCGGUUCCUGGGAGGUGUGAGUUGAUUGAUGAGGAACAAGCAUUUGGGGUGAUAGUGGACUAUGCCAGUACUCCUGAUGCGUUGUCUAGAUUGCUCGAUUCUGUUAGAGAGCUUGGACCUCGCAGGGUUAUAACUGUCAUUGGAUGCUGUGGUGAGGGCGACAGGGGGAAGAGGCCCGUGAUGACCAAGAUAGCAACAGAUAAAAGUGAAGUGACCAUGCUGACAUCUGACAAUCCCAAGAGUGAAGAUCCAUUGGACAUAUUGGAUGAUAUGUUAGCUGGGGUAGGAUGGACGAUGCAGGACUACCUGAAAUAUGGAGAGAAUGACUAUUAUCCACCUCUUCCAAAUGGUCAUAGACUUUUUCUCCAUGACAUUAGGAGGGUAGCUGUGCGAGCUGCAGUUGCAAUGGGUGAGGAGGGCGAUGUGGUUGUGGUUGCUGGCAAAGGCCAUGAAACAUAUCAAGUAGAAGGUGAUAAAAAGGAAUUCUUUGAUGAUCGAGAAGAGUGCCGAGAGGCAUUGCAGUAUGUUGAUGAGCUUCACCAAGCUGGAAUAGAUACAAGUGAAUUUCCAUGGCGGUUACCAGAGAGUCAUUGAUACAAAAGGCUGUUGUGAUAAAUAUUGGAUUAUUCUAAGUACAAUUCGAGCCAGUAUGAAGAAAAGGGCCUUUCCGUGGUGGGGAGGGCUUUUCUUUGCAGGAGCUUGGAAAGCGCAUGCCCGGAAAAAUUAGGCUUCAGAUUCCGGCCAAAAAUUGGACGGUCGGCUUAGUGCAGUUUAUCCAACCGUUUAUUUUUGUUUAUACAAAUGUAGUCAUAAGUUUUCUUCUCCCUUUCUCUGCUGUCCUUUUCCACUGUAAUUCUACGUGUCAGCUUCCUCUUUCUUUGCUUUGUAGAACUAAUUCAGUCUUUAUUCUUAUAAUAUGGAUAAAAAAUAACAAAUUCAGUCUUUAUUCUUA